AUGGUGGCCGGGAAACAGAGAAGGGGACAGCGCCAGAGGAAGGGCAGGGACCAGAUCCAGUCCCAAAGGCCCCCGCCGCCGUGGCCCACCCAGCACGCCUGCAGUGUGCUCCUUCAAGCCCCAAACCCAGCCGAGCGGACGGAGGGAGUGGAAAAGCUCCUGUGCCCGGGAUACCUGUGUGCUCAGCGAGCAGGGAGUGGAACUUACAGAGUCAGUGUGAGUGCCCCCGACCUACACCUCCGUGAGACCCGCUGUGCCCCGCGUCGCACUGGGAUGGUGUGUCCCACAUGGGGAAGCCGCCUCCGGAGCAGGUGCUGCAGUUCUGAAAGCGAGGGGCAGGGCGAUCAAUACUGCAGUGAGAUUCGGGUCACUCUGGGGCCCAGGUGGGCUGGUGGAGCCGCAGAAGCGAGCCCUCACACAUUUCUGGAUGCUGGUGUGCUGCUCUCGGUCGGCUUCUGCAGGCAGAGCAGCUGUGUGCGCAAACGGCUGGGGAAGUGUCUGGGAAAAGUAAAACGAGGUUUCUGCAGUGUCGUGUGCCGAGAUGAAGGCACGUGCGCUGGUGUUGUGGGGCUGGGGCUGGGCCCCUGGUUGUCGCCUCUCCCGUCCCGGAGCACCGCAGGGCUCCUGGGGUCCCCAGCCCCAUCGACCGGCUCCGCCCGGCCUCUGACCCGCUGCCCCUCUUGUUUCCAGACCGGCCUUAUUGUCGCCUGCUACCACGGCUUUGUGGACAGCGUGGUGGCCCUGGCGGAGUGCCCCCACGUUGACGUGAACUGGCAGGACAGCGAGGGGAACACGGCUCUAAUCACGGCCGCGCAGGCAGGCCACGCCACCAUCACCAACUACCUGCUGAACUAUUUCCCCGGCCUGGACCUGGAGAGGAGGAACGUGUUCGGCUUCACGGCCCUGAUGAAAGCGGCCAUGCAGGGCCGCACGGAGUGCAUCCGCGCCCUGAUGCUGGCCGGGGCAGAUGUCCACGCUCGGGACCCCAGCCGCGGGAUGUCGUCGCAGGAGUGGGCUGCGUACACGGGCCGCGCGGAGGCUGUGCGCCUCAUGCAGAGGCUGCUGGAGCGGCCCUGCCCGGAGCAGUUUGGUGACAAGUACAAGCCAGAGCUGCCGCCGGCGCCCGAGGCUGCCCUGAAGCCGGCGGGCUCCAAGAACUGCUGGCAGCGGGUCUCGGAGUUCUUGCGGUGCACGCUGCGCCCUCGCGCUAGCCAGGGCUUGGAGGAUGGGGGCGCCCUGGACCACAUGGUCAGGAUGACCACGAGCCUCUACAGCCCGGCCGUGGCCAUCGUGUGCCAGACUGUGUGCCCCGAGAACCCGCCCUGUGUGGGGAAGAGGCGCCUGGCGGUGCAGGAAAUCCUGGCAGCCAAGGGGAACCAGGAUGCCCCUGCCCAGGAGAGGGACAAGGUGGAGGCGGCCGAGCAGCGACUCCGGACCUCAGAGGCGCCGGGGGGCACCCGCCUCGCGUCUCCCCAGCGGCCAAAGGCCCCUGCCCCUGUCCCGCGGAAGGCCAGCCUCCUGCCUCUGCAGCUGCUGCGGCGCGGCAGCGUGCGGCCCGGCGUGGUGGUCCCCAGGGUGCGCAUCAGCAAGGCGCCCGCGCCCACCUACCAUCCGGAGCGCGCGGCCCGCAAGGGCAGCACCAAGGACAGCGCCCACCUGCAGAUCCCCAAGUGGCGGUACAAGGAGGCCAAGGAGGAGAGGCGGCGGGCGGAGGAGGCGGAGAAGCAGCGCCUGGCCGAGGCGCAGGAGAGGCGGCCGCCGCCCUGGAGGAAAAGGACGUGAGGCGGCUGAGGCGCUCCGGGCGCUGAGGGGCGCAGAGGCGCGGGAGCUGCUGGCGCCCGUGUGAACCCUGCACCCUGCACCCGCAGGCCAGGUCUGCGCCCGGCUGGGACCUGUCCGCGGGGCCCCCGGGCAGCUGCUGCCCAGGAGGGACCGGGCCGCGCACCCCGCGUGUCUGGAACCAGUUCUGCAGCAAUCCACGCACGAGCAGGGAGUUUAUAUAAGAGCCUCCUUUGAGAGAGGGUCAAUUCACAGUUUUUUAAGCCAAUUUAUCAGAGGGCGUGUUUUGCACAGUUUUGUACUUUUCUUGUUACUUAGCAGAUUUUCAGCAUUUUACAAGGAUUGGGGUUCUUUGUAGUUUUAAUACACGUGCCCAAAACUCCUUUGUUUAAAAUACUGUUUCUAGCCCUAAGAAUGUGUGAACGCCACGCGGUUCACGCGGAAUUCGUGGCGUUCACCCCGUUUUGCCGCUUGGUUUGGCCUUUGCUGUCCCAGCGCAUUCUGGUUGCGCUUGUGUCCUGGAUUUCCACUUCAGUUGGGUUAAGAGAUGCUGAAUGUAUUUUCUCAUUCGACGGAGGCAUUGACUUACUACAAAGUAGUCAAGUGAGAUGGAUCUGAGUUCACUGUAUUUUGUUUUUAAAACUCCCUUCCUCAUAUAGUAAUUAUGAUGAAGAAAAACUGUCAAAUCACUGUGAAGCAAUGCAUAAAUAUGCAUUUACUACUAGAAGUAAACUCAUUUUAAACACGGGGCUCUAGAGAAACUGGAUAUAAGAUCUUUAACGUGAACACAAGCUAGAAGAGGAGAACUCUUGUUUAAUAAGAUGGGGUAAAUUUAAUAAAUGAUUACUAGAAAUACAAAAUUAAGUCUCAUCGGCUCUGAGAUAAGUCAAAUCUGGAUGUCCCUAAAAGACAGAAAAGGGUAAGGAAUCUGGAAGAAUGUGAACAGCCAAAAUGGGCAGCCAGGAGCGUGAUUUUUCUUUUUUUCUCUUUUUCUGCCUUUUCUUUCCUUUUUUCCUUUUCCUUUUCCUUUUCCUUU